AUGCCGCGUCUGUCGCUCGCCGAAACGAAACGCCUUGUCCAACAAGUCUUGGCGAGUGACGACGAAGACGACGACGAUUUCGCUACCUUGCAACCCAUCUUCUCCACGCCAACGCGACCCUCCAUAAUCCAAGAUCGUCCCGUUUCCGAAUCUUCCGUCGAAUCUAAAGACGGGUCGAAAUGUGAAGAUCCCGACGUGUGGGAACGGCAAGCCCAACGACGUGCCAAACUCGCGGAUCCUUGGUUGGUCCAGGACGUUACCGAUCCAUCCCUGCUGCGUUGGCAUCGUCAGGGUUCCGUCUAUUGUCCCUGUACCAUCCGUCGCAAUCACGAAGAAGCCCAAGGUCUCGACGUCGGUUUCACCAAGACCAAAAAUCUCCUCAUUCGUUACCUGGGUCUCCGCAACGAAGAUACCGGACUCUACGCGGCCGUAGCAUCGAAUCAACUCCACCCCUACGCCGACGAAGACGACGACCCACACAGCUGGUCCGCAACGAAAAUGCAAGGAUUCACCCGUCACCUACAGUCCAGACAUCCAUUCGUGGCGGAUCCUCAUCCGACAAUGACCUUGCGUGUGGAAGUGCUAGCAAUCGAGGGUAUGUUGGACUACGUUUGGCGUUGCCACCACAAUCCCGAGUCGACCACGGUACACGCCCGUCCGCUCGAUCACGGACCCAACCUCGCCACGAACCGGUCCCACGACACACCACUGCCCAAGAGUCACGGAAAGAGCAAUGCCUCCAGUCCGUCGCGGACAGCUGUACCGACACCCAUGGUGUCGCAAGAGGACCCUUCCGUCCCGGAAGCCACCGCUAUCGCCACGGACGACAACAUCACCUUACCCUGGAGGCCCCUUGGAGACGGCCCCAAACCAAAGAUCCGUGCCGGAGACGUCAUUCAGUAUUAUCCACCGCACAUGCACGUGUCCCGGAACAAUUUACGCACUGCAUCGGUAGUCGGGGUAUACCCUCGUCCGUCGACCAUUGCGCUCUUUUUGAGUGACGGUACGCACCUGCCCCGGGACGUGCAGAUCAAACUCGUGCAACAGCGCAAACGUCACACGCUGGUCCCCGUACCGUGCCCACAAUUCUGGGAUCUGUCGGAAUUCGUACUGGACAAAUCGGACAACGACAAAUACCCGGAUACGUGGCAACCAAAGGGGGAAACGGGACCGGCCAGCUGCACGAGGAUACCGCGCCAGACUCCGGAACAAGGUUUGUUUGUUCCGGAGAGGACUCCGUCGAUCGAGACGAGGAACACUUCGCUGGCAGACCCAGGUACGUCGACCACCUCUAUGGAAGAAGCAAAACAAAACGUGCCCGCGUGGAAACAGGUGUUGAUCAAUUUGCUCGAGAUAAAUGAAAAAGAGAAGCAAAAACGACGUUGUGACCGCCGUAAGGUUGCCGUCAGGGAGGCACAUUUACGAACCGCAAUUCAAGCACAGGAGUGUUUGCGCUCUUUGAGCGACUCGCGAAACGAGGAUACGUCCGUUGUCGUUGAGGAUAUUGCCAGCUCUUGGAGCGUUUCGAACGACGCCUUGUGGAACUUUUUGACCGGAGACAGAAAGGGAUUUCUGACCGACACCAAAGUAGAGGAAAUGACAACCCGAUGGCUCCAAUGGCUGCCUGCCAACUCAAACAACGAAAAAGAUAUCACAAGAGAAAAGAAUGCCGACUCACUAGCAAAAGAGAAGGAUUCGCUUUUGCUUGCCAAAGCUGUAAAGAGCGAGCUCACGUCUAUGAAAGAGGCUUCACGACGUUGUGCGGAGCCUUUCGAUGUCACCCAGCCCAUUUCGAAAAGGCUACGUCGAAGAAGGCACUGAUCGCAAAUCUUGCUGCGAAAGCAAGUGAGCCCUACAAGGACUUCAGGCUUAGGUUGAAGUCCCGUACAAUGUCCAAGCAAUCCGCGAAGCCGAAACCUUAUUUCACUUUAAGCAGAUUACCCAUUCUUUCAGAGACAAACCAUGUUACUUUUGGGAGUACAUUUUCCACCGCAUCCCUCUCCAAGGAAAACAGACUUGUGGGACGAUAAAGGACUAUGAUUGCAGCUCUUGGAAAAUAUCGUCGAAAGCACGAGGACAUCUAUUGUUACUAUUCUAGCGAUGUGUGACUCGUCAUCCUUGCUGCAAGAAACACCGAUACUCGGGAUCAGUGACCUUUGGACCCUGCUGAUUAAUGCAGAUUGAAAAUUGCGAAAGCCGAAUCGGUAGUAGUACCUACCAGACAGGUGGCCACUGUGCUCUCCUCGGU